AUGCCACCCAAAGGCAAGGGGAAGAAGAAAGCGCCCACUGCGGCAGAACUGGCAGAAGCAAGAACAACAGCAUCCAUAGUCCCCUGCCGCGCCAGCGAGAAAGAAGACGACACUUGGUCGCAAUUCGAGGAGCGCAUCCAGGGUAUAUCCAAAACGGCAAUCAGGGAGAAUUUCGACAACGCGGUCCCCGUGCUCACAAAGGAGAACCUGGAAGCCAUUCUCCCCGAGACCCUCCCAGACUCGGCAUUCAACGACGGCUGGACCAGAGAGGAGGAGGCAGCCUUGCAGCAAGCAUGGCUCAGCGAUCCACGUUACAGCGACCCCUUGAGAGGCCAGGGCAAGGAUGGAAGCAUGUUGAGAGGCUUCAAGCUCAUUGUGCGCAUGUUAAAAAUGUCCCCUCUCGAGAUUAUCUCGCCAAAGUACCGGCUGGAAUGGGACACGGUGGCCAGAGACGUCGGACCCCACUGGACAGCCAUGUUCACGAACAGAUUGGUCAAUGUCGCGAUGCAUCCGCUCUGGGAGCGAGACGUCAAGCUCUUUACGACUGCGCUACAAUACGCGGUCAUUCUGCGGACUGAGGACACUCGCCCCUGGCUGUUCAAGAAGCCAGUCAAUACCCCAUUCUUCACCACCUUCCAAGAGGUCAUUGGAGAGCUGAAGGACAAGCCAAUCUCAGAGGUCCACGAAGAGGUCAGGAGCCGGUUGAAGAGAUGUGGCCACCCAAUCCCAAUCUUCUCCGAGUUCCUCCUCAGUCUCGAGUCCGUGGUGGAAAUUCAGCCAAAAACGGCCAUUCACGAUCGAUCAAAGAAGGUGUACCCUGUGGGCCUGAUCGACAUCAAAGCCGUCAUAGAAGCGCUCGACGCGACCGACAACUUUGGAUUUCCGGCCUUCCUUCCGCUCGAUUUCACGGCCACCAAGAUGUUUGAAAAGCGACUUCGCUCCGAGUUUGACCCCCCGUCGUCGAGAGACUUCGCAGAGUACAUGAGGCGCGCGUGGCUGGGAUAUCGCAGAAUCGAGGCUCAGUUCAACAAGGGCGAGCAAUGGGAAGAAUCCCGUCCUGCGCAAGUCACGGGUCAAGAUCAGUCUCAACAAGAGAACGUGGCCCUCAGGGCAAGAGUACGACAGCUGGAGGCACAGCUAGAGGAACAGCUGGAGGCCGCGAAACGGGAACAAGAACGGGUUGACCAACAGCUCAAGGUCGCGCAUCAGGAGCGGGAGCAAAUUCUUCGUUACUAA